UACCAUCAAACAGCUGUGCGCUGUACACCGGUUGUAGAGUUGAAACAGCUGUCUGUCGCGAAGUUUUUUCGUGCAAUUAGAAUUUGUUUAUAGUUUUACAAAUUAAGUUUAAAAUAUGGACGAUCCAAGAAUAAUGGUUGAAGAGGAACUAACCAAAAGGGAGCUCAGAGUAUUUGGACGUGAUGUCUCACAAAUACCAUGCUUUCGUAAUAGUUUCCUGUAUGGAAUUGGUGGUGGUGUAGCGAUAGGCAUUGCUACCUUCCUCGGCACUUCGCGUACACGCUUAUCAACGCACGUAGGUUUUGGCUCAUUUUUCACUACCACGCUUACAUAUUGGAUGGUUUGCAGAUAUCAGUGGUCGAAGAAACGUUUUGAGUAUCAACAGCUAAAGGAAGCUAUGCGUAAACAGGGCUUGUACGAGGGUACUGAUUUAGAGCGACAGAUACUGGAAGAGGCCUAAGUUUUAUCUACGUAUUAAUAAAAAAUAGCUAAUUAUAGUUAACUAAGCACGAAUAUGUAUAUAGUUAAUACUUAAGAAAAUUGUUGCUAUUAUUUGUAAAUAGUUUUUACAAAAGCAA